AUGGUUCACGAAUAUAUUGGAAGUAAGAUCACAAUAAUAUCUCGAAAUGAGAAUAGAUAUGAAGGUAUUCUACACUCUAUAGAUGUUGAUGAGUCUACAAUUACUUUAAAGGAUGUACGCCAUUUUGGUACUGAAGGACGAUGUUUACCUGAAAUACCUCCAACACCAACAAUUUUUGAAAUGAUUGUUUUUAGAGGUAGUGAUAUUACAGAUUUAGCUGUAUGUCAAACAAAUACGAACUUUCCUCAAGAUUCAGCAAUAAUAUCAGUUAGUGUGAAUGAAAAACCUAAAUCUCCUUGUAAUAGACCAACUACAGAUAUUAAUCAACAUACCCAAACAAACUUACAUUUAAUUGAUCCUCCAACCUUAAAUAAUGUUGUGGAAAAAUCAGUUCAAUCAGUAGGGGUACCAGUACAAAAUAUAACUAGUUCUAAUUCAAGAAGACAACCAAAAGAACAAAAAGAUAAUAAUAGAAACCGCAAUAGGGGAUCAAAUAGAAAUUAUCAUACUAAUAAUCACCAUCAUACAACAAAUAAUCAACGUUCAUUUGUAGUGGGUGAAUUAAAACCACGUGUUAAUCAAACAUUAAAAGCUGAACUUGAUACUGAAUUUAAUUUUUCAGAACAAAAUAAGAAAUUUGAUAAAUCACAACCACCUCAAAUUCAAACUGAACAAAAUAAUGUAUCUAAUCAAUCUUUACCUGUAGGUGGUUAUAGUAAGACUAGUGGGUUUUUUGACAGUAUUUCAUGUGAGACAUUAGAUCCAGAAAGAACUAAGAAGAAAAGUGGCCAAAUUGAUGCUCAACAAAGAGCAUUAAGAGAGAAACAAAAACAAAUUGAUAAGGAGACAUUUGGUGCAUCUGCAUUAAGACCACAUGGUCCAUCUUAUCAAAGAGGUAUGAGGCGUUCAAAUAGGGGGAGAUCUAAUAAACAAGAGCAUGGAUCUUAA